AUGAACAGGUGGUUCCUGUUUCUGUACUGUUCCAUUGCACAACUAUUCAACCACUGUUCAGCCGAUAGCGAAGAAGUGAUUCAAGUGGAUACAUUUCUAGCGAGUGUAAACUUAAGCGAACAAAAAGUAUUCUUCGUGAGAAAUAACUUGGAGGGUGACAUAGAAUUCCAAGAGAGUCAAAAUACUUCAUUAAAGGUCCAUGUUUCCGGAGAGGAUAGAGAUUUUGAACGUAUAAGGAUUGAGUACGAUGUUCUUCAUGAAGAGGAUAUUGUUGACAUACAAGUGUUCAUUUUGCCCGAGACAACAACAAACUGGUCAAUAGUAGGAGGUCUUGUUGCAGGGGCUGGAAUCUUUCUGAUAGUCAUGAUUGUCGUAUUGAUUAUUUGCGUGUUCAAAAGGAGAGUAAGAAAGCGACAGUACGGGUGUACCCUGACAGGAAAAGAAGCAGACGAGGAAUUUGAAAUGAGAAAACGCGGUACAGCUGUUGCAGGGAAAAUUGCUACUUUCGAAACUCCACAAUUAUCAGUUGAAGAGGACAAUGGGAAAGGGAAAAGUAAAACCAUGGAAACUACAGAAACUAUAAGACAACUUCAAAUGGAAGGGAAAAGCCAUGACUCAGAGGCUCCUCGACGAACAAGAACUGUGCCUGCCCAGUCCUCGACCUUGAUAUCGGUGCGAACAGCUUUUCUGGUACUCACUUUAAUCGCAGUAGCAUUAGCAACGACCAAAGCACCCUCAGUUAAAAUCGUCAUUCGCGUGCCAGCAAAUUUUGUCGGAAACGGCUCAAAGAUCUUCUUCAAUAAGGAUUUCCACGGAAGGCUGUUAUUAUCCAGAGGAUUUAGAGCAAAAAUGAACCAUUUUCAACAGUUUGCUAUACCAUCAGCUUCAAAAAAAGUAUCGCCCUUAGAUAAAUGCCCCAACUCGUGCCACUUUGCUUGUGACGGACAAUCAGAGGGGUGCAUCUGUCCCAGAGGAUAUGAAAUGAACAGGGGAACCUGCCAUGAUAUUAAUGAAUGCACCAGAAAAAAGCACAACUGUCAUGUGCAAUCCACGUGUAACAAUACCAUUGGUGGUUUUCUGUGCACGUGUGAUGAAGGAUACUGGGGAGAUGGAAUCACGUGCAAAGAACUGGUAGCACAGCAUCUACUUACAUCAAAGUUCGGUUUAGCUUGCAGCACUACCCCUUGUCCAGAAAAUUCUUACCAAUCAGAAUCGUGCACAAGGACAAGCGACCGGGUGUGCACAGAUAUAUCCAAGCCCUUAACGUUGAGCAACAGAGUAAAUGAUAAGGAAACCCUCGAAGCUCAAUCAGGCAGCAAGCUUUUUGUGCUUUCACCAUCGAAAGAGUUCGUUCUAUUCGAAGAUCGCCUCUGGUUAAACAGGACGAGUGAAACCUUUUUCCUUCAAGGAAAUUCAUCGAAGCAAGCUCGUUUGCAUCGAAAUUCAAACUUUCACGUAGACGUAAUAAUUGACGAGGCCAACCUAGUUCCAACGUACAGUGAUUAUGAUGCAGGGAACUCCUAUGAGGAAAAUCUCGAAUUUGCAGGUGUGCCAGGAUUCUCUGCCGUAUUUCACAACUACUGCAGGUACCCAGCACCAAAUCACUACACCAUCCAUCAUGUCUUGCAGCGUAACCGCCAGACAAAGGUAUAUCCCGCCAAGUGUUUUCACCAUUCACGACGACUGUGCCCAGAUGACGUCGCACCAGGUGACUUAUAUCAUUACAGAUCUUUGAAUGACGCUUGUGAAACUGCGGAAACUUCCACCAUCUGCUCAAAACAUAAUCAGAGAGACUGUGUACUUCAAACAGGCUUGGACAAACUGUAUUGUACAAACUACACCAAUAUUAUCACCGAUAUAUUUGGCUUAAACAAAGCUGAAUUUAAAGAAAAGCCGUUGUUUUCCUUUCCGACACAUUUUUGCGCGCAUGCAUAUCGCGCUUGCAGAAUGUGUAGAAGUAAAUGUUCACAUUGUGACCAAUCUGCAAGUCAUGCAGACAGCUCAUGCUCCUGUUGCUACAAAGACUGCCUUCCUAGCUGUUCCGAUUUCUACAGGGAGUACAACUGCACCCAGAUACCAAAGAAAUGCGCUAGAGGAGACACCAGCCAGUUUCAAUUGACCAUGAACAAGCCAUCUAACUUGAAGUUACAGUUUAAUUGCUUUCUUCAACACAAUGUCCCAAAGACCUUGUAUACCCUACGAUACAGAGUAAAGCACAAGAGUGGACGCUUCGUUUCACAAUGGAUCUCUAAAACCUUGGAAACUACGUCAGGGAAAGAUUCUAAGUCAGUGAUGCACCAGGGAACUAAUCGCCUCGACUCCUUGGAAGUUUCCCACUCAGUGAAUUUUGAUAUUCCUAAUUUACUUUAUCUUCGAGCCCAGAGGGACACUGAAAAUAAACCGUACAAAUACACGGUAGCUAGCUUGGAGGGAGAAAACAUAACUUUAGCUAGAGCUAGCGAGGCAGGCACAAUUGAGAUUCUGACCAAGACACCAUUUUCAAUCACCACCAGAACUUGGAGUGAUGGUGGUAACUGCCAGAGUCUUUCUGAUUGGUCAAAGACCAUUCGCGGUCCUAUUUCAGAAUGGAUACCUGCAAAAGUGGAGCAUCUUGGUGUUCAAUCCCAGGGCGAGUUUGCAUAUCGUUUACAAAACUCUCAGCGAUCGCCUAUGAUGACAGUGACCAUUUCUGAAAAUGAAUCGAUUCUUAAGCAUGUCCUGACUAAUGCGACAAUUCGUAAUGACGAGACAUUUAAAAGUAGUUUGACUCGAACAAACACUAGUUGGAAUGCUAGGAUCGGUGGACUUCUGACCACUUGUCCUGGUUUCUUUACUCUUGAAGUCAUCGAUGAAGUGGAUAAUUUGAGAGUUAUGUAUCAAGAUGUGGUGAUACUUUGUCCAGCGACCCAAUUCGAGAUGGACAUACAAGUUCCAAGGAACGGUUUACAGGAUAAGGAGCGACUUUUUACCGUUCGUUUCUCUAACGCUAAACAAAAACUGGACCUGACGUUAGCCCUAGUUGACAAAGAAGCCAGGAAAGUGAGAGAACCGGUGGAGAAACAUCAUGAUACGGAACCAAACCCUUGGAUGAUAUUGAUGCCACUCUUCGUUAUCACGGGCUGUGUACUUCUUUCUCUGCUGGGUUUGAUCAUCUAUGCACAGGUCACGCAAAAAGACAAGGAUACUUCAACAGAUAAGAAUCAUUCUGGGUGGAAAUUCGUUAAGAACAAGAAAGUAUCUAUGGGUAAAACUGAAGUUGGGAGGGCGACUACUCCGCCAAAAGACGAAAACAGACUCAAACGAAGGCAUCUCAUCUUGGUUGCCUUCUUUGCCGUGUUUAGAAUACUUUACAGUAUGGCGUUUACGUUUUCGAUGGCUUUCGCCAUUUUGACGCUUCUUCACGCCGACAAUCUGAAAAUAAUUCAAGAAUUUCAAAACUUUGUGCACGAAAAAAUUGAAGAGAGUAAUGCUAUCGCUUUACGAAUGGAUCAACAUCGUGAAAGAGAAGUCAAACGUCUUCUUGACGCUAGCGAAGACAUACAGAGAUCUUGCGACUACUUUAUUGGCCUACAGCUGCAUUGGCUGAGGUUCAACAGUACUUGCCUGAUACAGGAAAACCACCUGAAAAUGUUUAACAAAUUAAGUAGGAAAAUUGUCAGCAAUGUAGAAGAAAAAGUUCACAAAUUAAAGAGAGACAUUGACGAGCGAAUAAACGAAUUUCAGGGGAGUACCAAGAGACAGUUAAAGGAAGUCAAGGGGAGUUUGACGAACUACGCCAAAAGAGUUUUCAACAAUGGCUGGUUUGCUUUGCCGAAAGGGGCAUAUGAAAUAAAGAUGUCAACAUCCCGGAAGAGGAGAGGAAUCGUUGUUAAUGGUAACUCAACACGACAAUUCUAUCAUCCAAAGGAUGAAAAAUCAAGCGGUAAUGAAAACAAUGGGGGGCCCAGCAAGAAAAACAAGAAUGGAUAUUCCAUCAGAAGAAAACGGAGCAUAGCGGACAGUUCCCUCAUUGGAUUUCUUGAUUACGUUGGGGCUUUAGAUCAAGAAAAACUCAUUCAAGCCGAAAAUAACAUCAUUUCCAAGCUAGAAUAUGUAAAAGUAGGCCUGGGGGACUUUAGCGAAGUCCUAAAGACCGGCAAGUCGCCUGAACACCCCCUUAGCACCAUACUCAUGUGUCCUCUACGGUAUAUGUUAAAAUCCGCAAAGAAACAAGUGCAGAAAGGUAUACGGAAGCUGGUCGACGAGGGUGAGGAGUGGGCAAAAGGCAAAGCCGAAUGUUUUGAAGGGAAAUUCAGUCACUUCUUUGCUUCGAAUGACUCUGUUAUAGAAUUUAACGAAAACAAAACAGAUACCGAAUUCUUCUCCGAGCGCAUUGUCUACGAAGAUGUCUAUGGCCUAGACACAAUUUCAAACGUUUCCAAAGCAAGCCAGUCAUCCAUCAUCAAGUCUGCAAAAGGAGGAUCCUUCUACAACAUUGAAAAGGGAGAUAUCAUGGAAGAAAUGGUCGACAGCCAAAAGGAAGAACUCCUUGAAAGGAAAGCAAAAAUAAAAAAUGUUACCAAAGUGUAUGACGCUGAAGUUUUCUCUACGACCAGAAAGGCCGUCUUAGGCGUGUUUGUGUUGCUCGAUAUUCUGCUCUUCAUAUAUCGCGGGUCGAAAACCUACCAAAUUGCUUUUAAAUUAAUCGAAGGAUUUGAGGAAAUUGUAAGCCACGACGAGGAUGAAUUUGACGAAAAACAAUCCAAAAUCAAGGAAAGAGCGGAGAAACUUCUUCGAAGGAUCUUUGACUUCCUCGCUGAGACGUUUUCAAGGUUUAUAGCGCUCUGUAAGAGUCUUCAGAAACGUAUCAUGCGCACAAAUCUGCUCCCGCUGAUCAUGAUAAUUGCUUUGUCUACAGCUACACUGUACCUUAUCGUCACUUUACUAUAUAAUGUAAUGAAUGUGACCGUUAUAGAAGAACUUGGUGGAUACAAUAUGAUUGCUUCUCGUCUGGACACGGACCUCCGCUUCACAAACCUCGCCAUAGAAGAUCAGGUGGAUUUCACCAAUAACAAUGCACUGGAUCAGUACAAGGAAUCCGUAAGUGCUUCCAUCAGUGAAUACAACAGCAUGAUCUUGGACCUCAACAAGGAACAGCAAGAGCGCAUGGAACGACUUAAUAGACAACUCUGUUCCCUGGAGGAUGACCCGAAAAACUGCUUUGGGGAACAAGCAUCUCUUCUGAAUUUUAACUUCCACUCCUGUAUUAUCCCGACACUGGAAGGAACACCUUAUGAGGAUUACGAAAGUGACGCUUACCGCCAGCGAAUUAAGCGCGAAUCAAAACGGUUUGUGGACGCCAUACGAAAUAUAAUAUUGGAGACGGUUUAUUUCAUUCUGGCGGCUGCCUUGUCGAUUUUGAUAAUUACAGCUCUUACCUACGUUGUAUUUCUGUUCUUUAAGGCAAGAGGGAUGGUUCGGUUGAAAAAAGUUCACGUGUAUAAAGCCCUGCCAGCUGAAAUUCUGGAGCAAUUUCAUUUGAAAACAAUGGAGUCGGAAGAUGAACACGAUGGCAGAAACAUACAUGACAAACACGGAGAUCAUCGUAAAGUAACGAUUCCUAAAGUCUUCCUCACGGCUUCAACAGAAAGCAUCAAUAGUUCGCGAGAAUCUGUCCAAACCUGCUAA